CGGCGGUCGGCCACGCGCAGUCGGAGCCGCAGGGCCUGGACAAGCUGCAGAGCGGCUUCGGCGCUGCGUCAACCAGUAUGUUCGGGACCGCCAGCGUCGCGUUUUCGCGGGGCGUGACUCGAGCCGCCGCGGCGCCGGCGCCGCCGUUGAAGAAAUUGCUGAUCCGCUACGUCGAGCGCGGAAACUCGGUGCCGGAGGUUCCCGAAGUUUUCGGUGACCUACACCGUUCGCGCUCGGGGGAAAGUGGCGACACCGCCGAGGCGCUCGAAAACGAUCCCUUUUUCAACCCCUCGGCUCCGGGGGCUGCUCUUUCCCAGUCCCGGUCGAGCAAGGUGGCGGUGAUCGAUCGCGAUUUGCUACAGCAGCUCUAUCAGGAGCUGAUUUUCCGCAAAGCCCAUCUGCGCGUGCGGCGCGGCGUGCUCGAGCGGUAUCUGGAACCCUGCCUGGUGUGUUUGAUGUGCAACGGGAAGGUGCUGCUGCGGACGCACGAGGAGCUGGAGGACGGGCGGGUAAGCGAUCGCCUGACGCUCUUGACCACCAAGAAGAUGCCGGAGGAGAAGUGGGAGGACGCCGCGCGGCGCGCCUGCAUCGACGAGCUGGGUGCGGCGCCAAACAUCAAGGCACUGAAAUUCCACGACGCGACGCACUUGUGCCGCGAGGAGGGCGGUGGGGACAGCAGCAACAUGCCGGGCAUCGCAACGUACUACGGGUUGACCUUGAUCAAGGUCAACGUGACCCAGCAGUUUGCGGACAGUCUCGCGCUCCGCUGCAACGUGCAGCAAACCUCGCCGACCGCGAGUAAGGCGUACCGGAACAAGCGAAAUAGUGUCAAGAAGGGAGCUGGGAGGCUUUCCACUGCGGUUUCGUUUUCCGGGGUGGUGAACCGAAAACGGAGCGGCAGCAGCUCUUUGUCCAUCCGAAGCUUCACCGGCGCCGGCGGUAGUAAUGGGAGCAAGCGGAACCUCCUGCCGAACCUGCGGAGGUCGGGAACGGCCAGCUUUUUCGGCAGUGAUCAGGGCGGGGAUAAAGGACAUGAAGAGGAGGGAAUAUUAAACGAGGACGAGAAGGACUGCGAUGGAAAGCAGGGCGGAUCACCGUCGGCUUCCGCAGAAGUUGACAAGCGCCCACGUGUGAGCGCCGUGACGAAUUUGCGGAAGCGGAUUUCCUUUAAAUCCCGUCUGAGUGUGAAGCGGUCCUCAACGCUAGUAAACGCCGUGUUCAAGCACCGAAAAUCCGGAAACGCUGCGCAGUUUGCCGUUCCGAGCCCCAGCGUGUCGCCGCUGUCACGACCAGAGGCUGGCGAACAGCACAUGGAGCAAAUGAACGACGGGCCAGCGUCAGGUAGUGGGAGCCGUAGUAGCCCGGACAGCCGCGGGAGUUCCCCGAUUUCGGAUGAUAAAGCAAAAGACUCGACGGGGGUACUAGCCGGCAGUGGAUCGCUUCAGUCCGCGGCUGCGGUUGGGGGAACAGUUGCACUCACUGACCCGGUGGUCCCCGUUCCGAAAGACGACGGGGCACUAUUACCAGCUGUGCUUGCGCAAGGAACUAAGCGAAAAAGCCGGAAGAGCGGCUGGCGAAAAUCCGUUCUGGCGUUCCUUCCCGCGACGCGAAUGUCUCUGGUUCAGCGACACCCGGUGAACCACCAGCAUGGAGGUGCAGACGGUACUAACCACAAGCCAUCCGACAUCUACGAUCCUUCCUCCGAGGAGGGGUCGAAGGCCAGUGUAGAUGGUGCAAACGACAAGGAUCAACAUAAUUCGCCGCAGUCUGACGGGAACAACGAUAACACCGCCGCAUCUCCGCAGGACUCGAUCGAUUCCGCGAAGGUUGUGGCCAAGAAACCUUCCAGCAAAGAGAGAGGCACGUCGACCAAGGCCAGCACGACCAAAAUGAACAUAGCGUCCAAGAACUCGGGGAAAACGAAGCGGUCCUCCAUGGCCGCCGCGAAAGGCCGGAUGUCCACGCUGUCGCGUCAUGGCGGAAACACGUCCCCCACGGAUCAUGAGAUGAACAAAGAGCAGCCGCAGGACGAAGUGCAGUCGUCGAUCGACUCCUUCCUGAACCACGAGACUUUCGAAACCCGGCCCUUCGAAUGCAGCUUUUGGACCAAGGUGCAAACGUCGGCGGGGACGCGCACGCGCUACUGGCACUGGAAAGAGAUGGAGGACCUGGACAACCUAGAUUGGGCGAGCAAAAUGUUCACAGAGUCUCCCCUUCUCUUCUCGUCUCUGGUGCAACUCCGCGAGGCCAAGCUCGACGCGGCCGGCAGCGCCAGCGUGAAGAGUCUGCUGCUCGGGCUGGAGGGCUCUGCGCCGGGCAAGAUCGGGGUCGCGGGGAAGCACGACGCGGGCGGGAAAUCGAAGCCGUACGGGGCUUGGAAUGGACUCAAGUGGCGGUACUUCGGCGAGUCCGUUCCCCCGGUUCCCGCGAGCGUGGGCGGCAUGCGUGUGAACAUGACGAAGCCAUUGUUUGAGCUGUGCGAGCGGGUGUGCAGCAAGGUGUUGACGGACCCGCAGCUGGGAGAUUUGGUGGACGAGCUUUUGCGGAAGGGCGUGUGGGACCCCACGCUGGGCGAGGAGUCGUCGGAUCCAAGCGGGGAGCGGGUGCAGGAAAUGCUGUUCAAAAACAUUCUGAAAUCAGACGGACGAAGAGCGAAGGAGCGUGUGCACGAGUAUUUACUGCGAAAUCGAGGGGCGACAGCGAACAAUGGAGCAGGGUCCGGACAGACAGGGACGGUCUAGCGCGAUCAUGAACUUCUUAUGCUUGAUGGUUGUGUUGAAGUUAAUCUUGAUGCAGACUAAAAAAAGCCAGUGCUGAUUUUUUACCAACCAAAAGUACAACCGCUACACAACCCGUUCCUACUAACUUACAAAAGUAAAGAAAGAAGUAUAGAAGCACUACAUAGCAGCUGCACUACAUGACAGAAAUCAUCUGCAAAAGAUGAUAAGUACCAAGACCGAGCGGCCAUAGGAGAAAAGUACUCAGACGUACAUGCAGUGAGUGAAAAAACUUUUGAUACGAAUUUUUCAACAUAGGAAAUUUGAAAAUCCAAGGACGUUCGGGAUAGG